UUUUUCAAGCCCUUUAUUGUUUCAUUUAUAUACAUAAAACUUUGUACUUUUAUUUUCAAGCCGUAUGGACCCAUAUUCAGAAUUCUUCACAAUCUGAAAUCCUGUCUAUAACACAGCAGAUUUAUCUUGAAAUAAAUAGGUGGUUUUAUAUAUAUAAAAAUGAGACUCUAUACUUUCUACUGUUUUACGCAUAAAUGAAUUUUCAGGCAUUUUGGGGCUAUAAUCUCCUUUUUUGGGAGGGGAUCCCACCUGUUUCCCCCUCAUUCCCUACUCACCAGCUCCCCCACCACAGACAUUGGGGUGCCCCAAAUGACACCAUCACCUCGCAGACUCACACACUUCUCUUUUUCCUCACCCCCAGAGAAGGCACGAAACGAGUCCAAGUGCCCUCACCAGCAGCUCAGCUCAGUGCUUCCAGAGAAGCACGUGGACAUACCCCAGAAAAGGGGGGUGGAAAUCGAGGGCAGGGCAGCCCCAAGUGUUGGAGUUCCCCCAGCUCCUGUCCCACAGGCUGGCACAGGAAGCGUCCCCAGAGAUGGUGUCUCAUCUUCCCCCUCAGGCCACACCACGUUCCCUCUCCACUCCAGGCAGAGGACUCCUCAUUCCAGGAGAUGCCUGAUCCCUUCCCUAGGCCUUCCCAGACACAGCUGUGCCAUGAUGGAAUCUGUGCUCCCAGAGCCACCCAGCAGCUCCGGCCCUUGCACUGCUCCUGCACAUCUGGCCCAGCCAGGGGAGCUGAAAUAAAGCCUGGAUUUGGACUGGAAACACAGCCCCAAACCUCACUCACUUGAUGAUAAAAAGCUGUCCCUGUUAACACAUACCCAGGAAAAACGGUCCCUCUGGAGAAAUCUUGGAUUUCCUUUUGCAUCAAGUGAACUGGCACAGCUGUCAGCUGAUGCCAUCAAACUCUGCAUCCCCAAAACCCUUGGUCAGCCUCGGCUGCGGGGUUUUUGCUGUCACACUGCUAGGAGGGACCUCUGGCCAGGAGAGAUGCCAUGGGACUGAUGGGAAUCUCACCAUUGGAAGCAAGGCAGGGAUUUGUUAAUUCAGAGCACCACCUCAAAGUGUUGGGGAAAAACUGCAACACUGCACUGCCUCCAUGGCACAGGGGGCAGGUUUUGGGGGAGGUGACCCCACAGCCUGCACAUCCUGGUGCAGAUGAGAAUCCCUGCACAAGGGUUUUCCAGCUCCUCCAGAGGCUGGAGCCAGCCAGAACAUCCCUGUAGGAGCAUCGGGGGAUCAGGACAGACAGAGCCGAGAGAUCUCUGCAGCCAGGGCGUGGAACUUGGGGUUCAUUGCAAAGGGCCUGGGGCAGGGCCCCGCUGGGAGCUGCCAGCCACAGCUCGGAUCAGGCCUGAGAGAAGAGAGGGGUAAAGAGGAUGAGAGAGAGAGAGAGAGAGGAUGAGAGGGUGAGAGGGUAAGAGGGUAAGAGGGUAAGAGGUAAGAGAGCAAGGUUCCCGUUACAAUACAAUAAGUCUUCUUCUGUGUUGAAUAUUCUAAUUCUCACUAACCAAUAUAGUACAAUAUACAAAUCCUAUAGCAUUUACACAGACCCUAUAAGAAUCAUUACAUUACCAUUCUGUGUAACAUUUUAAACCCUAAAAACUACUCUUUGGGCCCCUUCUGCUAAGCUAGUGGCGUCUGCUCUGACCCUUGGACCUGCCUGCAAGCAGAGGGUAUUGUUUCAUCACAAGGGGAUUACCUUCAGCCGGCCACACCAUUGUUCUCCUGUUGUUCAGUAACUAAGGGAUCUCAGAGCUUGCUUUCAUUUCAGUCUCGCUUAUAGUUUCUAUUCUCAAAAUCUUUUGCCAGGCAAUCAUAUUUAUAAGGCUUUCCUGUUUCAUUUUCCCCAACACAUCCCCAAUGGUGUUCCUGUUAUCUCUUCACAUAUGGAUAAUGCCAUAUCCUGCCAUUAUCCUUUGGGCAGGAUAAUGCCCCACUCCUGGCAUUAUCCUGCCCAAAGAACACAGGCACUUAUGGUCCCUAUGCCUCCAUCACAGCUGUCACUUCAGCCUCCUCCCAGGCAGAAGUGUCCUGCAUAGGGGAACUCAGGAGUAAAACCAGGGGAAGUGAAUCUGUCUAUAUGGAACCAUUUUCACAGCAAAAAUUUCCUUAACUGUUUAUUCCCCAAAACUUGCACCACCUGCCCCGUGCUGCUGAAUCCAAAGCCCAGCCAGGCAGCAGCUGGGUGGAGGUGGAUCAGUGCCGUCAGCACCUGUGGCUCAGCAUUCCCGAGCAAGAGGGGCUGUCCCCAGCUGGUGACACUGCAAACCCUGGGGGAAGGAUGGGGGUGGGGCAGAGGAGGCUCCAGAGUCCCUGGUGGGGCAGAGGGAGGGACAGACACCUUCCUGCUCCCCACCCCCUGCUCUUGGUUUCUCCUCUGUCAUUUCUCUCAUGCCUCAGUUCUCACUUCUCCUUUCCCUUUUGUCAAUCCCCUCAGCCAGCUCAUUUUCCCAGCUCCGGUCCCUCCACUCCGACUGGAGAGGACCUAACACCGGCUCAGCCAUGGGCUGGGGGCUCAGGGGGGCCUCGCUCACCUGGGCACUGCUGGUGUGGGUGACAGGGGCUGAGCAGCCCCAGGAACUCUCGUCCUCUUCAGGGUUUGGGGUGUGCAGCAAGACCUUGAAGCUCUCACGUCUGGAAGUUCUGCCGGGGGGGGGCUGGGAUAACCUCAGGAAUUUGGAUAUGGGCAGAGUCAUCAACCUGGGCUACUCACAGUGCAAGACCACAGAAGAUGGAUCUUACCUCAUCCCAGAUGAGAUCUUCACCAUCCCCCGCAAGCAGAGCAACCUGGACAUGAACUCCGAGAUCAUCGAGUCCUGGAAGGAUUACCAGAGCAUCACCUCUGCCUCCAUCAACCUGGAGCUGUCCCUCUUCUCCUCCAUCAACGGCAAAUUCUCCAGCGACUUCCACCGCACCAAGACCCAGCAGGUGAGAGACAAGGCUGUCACCACCCGGGUGCAAGUCAGGAACCUGGUUUACACUGCCAAGAUCGACCCCGAGGCGGCGCUGGACAAGGCCUUCAAGAAGCAGCUGCUGACCAUCGCCAGCCACCUGGAGAACAACCAGACCCAGAUGGCCGAUUUCCUGGCCGAGGUGCUGGUGCUCAACUACGGCACCCACACCAUCACCUCCGUGGAUGCAGGAGCCACCUUGGUGCAGGAGGACCAGAUCAAGGCUACCCUCCUGAAGGACAGCUGGGCCACACGGAGCACUGUCACCGCCUCGGCCGGCGUGGCCUUCCACAACAUCGUCAAUGUGGGAACCAAGGAAUCCCUGGAUGUCAGCUCGGGCUUCACCAAGCAGUACCUGGACAAUCGCACCAGCUCCAGGGUGGAGAGCAUUGGUGGGACCCCCUUUUACCCAGGCAUCACCCUGAAGACAUGGCAGGAGGGGAUUCAAAACCAGCUGGUGGCCCUGGACCGCUCGGGGCUGCCCCUGUACUACUUCAUCAAGCCGAGCGCGCUGCCGGAGCUGCCGGUGCCCACGGUGCGGAGGGUGGCCUGGCGCGUGGAGCUCGCCAUCCGCCGCUACUACACCUUCAACACCGCCCCGGGCUGCACCAACGCCUCCUCGCCCAACUUCAACUUCCACGCCAACACUGACGACGGCUCCUGCGAGGGCACCGUGGCCAACUUCACCUUCGGGGGAGUCUUCCAGGAGUGCGUGGGCCUGGGCGGUCCCGACACCAGCGCGCUGUGCCGGGCGCUGGAGCAGAGGAACCCCCUCACCGGGGCCUUCUCCUGCCCCACCACCUACACCCCGGUGCUGCUGGGCGUGCAGGAGCGGGAGGAGGGUCACAGCCACCUGGAGUGCCACAACAAGUGCACCCUGGGCAUCUUCUGCCACCGCAAGUGCCAGGACGUCUUCUGGCUCUCCCGGGUGCAGUUCAGCGCCUACUGGUGCGCCGCGAGCGGGCCGGUGGCUCCGAACUCGGGGUACCUCUUCGGGGGGCUGUUCAGCACCCACGGCGCCAACCCCAUCACCAGAGCCCCGUCCUGUCCCUCAGGGUUCUUCCCCCUGAAGCUCUUCGGCGAGCUCAGAGUGUGCGUGAGCCAGGAUUACGAGGCAGGGGCCGAGUACGCGGUGCCCUUCGGGGGCUUCUUCAGCUGCCAGGCAGGGAACCCCCUGGCCGGGCAGCACCAGGGCGCGGCUGAGGACGCCCACGCCAAGGGCUGUCCCCCGGGCUUCAGCCAGCACCUGGCACUCAUCAGCGACAGCUGCCAGGUGCAGUUCUGCAUCCGGGCCGGUGUCCUCACCGGGGGCUCGCUGCCGCCCGCCCGCCUGCCCCCCUUCACCCGGCCCCCCGCCAACCUGCCGGCCGUGGAGACGCUGCUGGUGCGGGACGGGGACAGCACCUGGGUGAGGGACGGCCAGAGCCACGUGUGGCGGCUGGCACGGCCGGAGGAGGCGAAGCGCGCGGCCGAAAUGGUCGGGGGCCGGGGGCUGUCGGGGGGAGAGGUGGCCGGAGUCACCGUGGCCGUGCUGGCCGGGCUGGCCACCGGCCUGGGGACAGCCUGGUACGGCCACCGGCGCUACAGGGCCAAGGGGUACCGCGAGCUGGGCACAGGGGACAGCCCGGCCCCCGCCAGCCCCGAGCACAGCACGGUGCUGAGUGUGGGCGAGGGAUACCAGCAGGAGGUGGAGGGGACGGUACCCUGAAUGCCCCCUCCCCUUGUGGCCCAAGUCCCCAAACUCACGGGAAAAGGAGGGAGCGGAGGGGCCCCGGGGAGGGCUGUCUCCCAAAUCCUGCAUGCUGCAAGCUGCAACCCCUGUCUCCAUGUAUAUCUAUCGGGAUAGAUAUACACACGCAUGCAGAGAGGCACGGAGCAGUUUUAUUUCAGCCAGCAACUCAUCGUGUAGUCAACAGAGCAUUAAAAAAAGGAAAAAAAGUCA